AUGCAGCUCCCGUGGGCAUUUGUUCUUCCCUUGUUUGGCCUUUUGACUCAGCUGCACUCAACGCGAGCCUUCGACGACCCAACCAGCACCAUCGUCGAAACGCGCACCAAACGAUGGCUCAACUAUCCCAUCAACGGUGGGCUGGCCAAGAUGGUGUUGGGCUUCAUCGUACCCAUCCGGUUCCACCAUCCAUUGCCACGCGUCAUCGUCAACACGUACAACCUGCAGGCGAGCUAUCGCAUCCCGGCCAACAUCAUCUACUGGCACCCGGAGUCGGUGUUCAAGAAUCGAGCCUUCGACACACCGCCAGUGCGACCCGACACGGGCGUUGACCAAAGUCGCCGGCAGCUGUUCGAACUUCUCGAGGGUGGGCUUACCCGGUGGAACCGAAACGGACCCGUCUGCUUGCUGCGGGCCGUCUGCGAGAUCGCCGAAACGCCCCUGAAACACAACGGACUGAUUGGUGAAAUAAUCGACGUGAUUUUCACACCUUCACCAUCGGACCAGCUGGAUGCGGGUUACCUGGAGGCGCAAACUAAUGGCCAGAUGAGGCGAAACUGUACAGCACUGUACCCCAGCUGCCCACUCGGAGAUGGGCUCUUCGACAGCAUCUCGUUCCUGAUGGAAUCCCAGCCACUCGUCGACGACCUGCAGCAUAUGUAG